GUGAAUGACGUCACCAAGAGGGUUUUUCCAUCAUGGCGGCCGAGGGCUGUGAGGAGAUGAGCGGCAACGGGGAGCUCGGAGAGUCUCCAGACAUGGAAGCUUCUGAGGUCCCUGCGCCGCCUCCGAUGGAGAUGGCCGAGGUGUCAGAAGAGAACGGCGGUACAGCCACGGCCCCCGACGCUCCCGUAGACCCUGACCCUACGUCCUUCCCCAUGCCCCCGGCUGCAGAGGAUGAGGAGGGGGAGAUGCCCGCGGACUUUGAGCGUCUGUGGAAGGUCGCUCAUGAUAAUCCCCAAGAUUUCACCAGCUGGACAGAUCUGCUGCAAUACUGCGAACAAGAGAGUCACGUCACAGCUUCACGCAGAUCGUUAGAGGCCUUCCUCGUUCGCUACCCGCUCUGCUACGGCUACUGGAAGAAGUUUGCGGACCUGGAGCGUCGUGCGGGUUUUAACGACAAAGCAGAGGAGGUUUGUAUCCAGGGUCUUCAGGCUAUCCCUCUGAGUGUAGAUCUGUGGAUCCACUACAUCAAUCUGCUGCUGGGGACACUGAACAUGAACCUGCCUGAGUCACCGCAGAAGAUUCGCAGCGUGUUUGAGAAUGCGAUUGCGGCAGCAGGGCUGGACUUCCACUCAGACCGGCUAUGGGAUCUGUAUGUUGAGUGGGAGAAGGAGCAGGGGAACAUGAAGAACGCAACAGCCGUCCUGGACAGAGCCCUCACAGUCCCCACCCAGCUCUACAACACCCACUACGACAAGUUCAAAGAACACCUGAACAACCAUGAGCCUAAGGAGGUGCUGUCCCCGGAGGAGUAUGAGGAGCUGAGGACGUUGUGCCGUCAGAGCCAGAAGGCAGAGCGCGCUGAACAGGCGCAGGAGAAGGACGAGGAGAGGCCGCCGGGCGAGGAAGAGCCCGCCACACCGGAGGGCACAGACUCAGAGGAGCUGAUGCAGAAGAUUAGGGAGCAAGUGUUGGCUCGAAGGGACAAAGUUUACCAGGACAACGAGGGAGAAGUCCGGAAGAGAUGGAACUUCGAAGACGCUAUCAAGCGGCCGUACUUCCACGUCAAGCCCCUCGACCGCAUCCAGCUCCGCGCCUGGCACUCGUACCUGGACUGGGAGGUCGCUCAGCUCCACAGCAACGCCGCGGACGCCACCCAAAGUGAAUACGCGCAAGAACCGAACCAGGCGACCACAGAAGAGUCAGAGGUCACGUCCCAGCCCCGCGUGGAGUCGGAGGACGCUGCUGCCGUUGCCCGUGACGACCACAGAGUUCGCAUCCUCUUUGAGCGCUGCUUGAUCGCCUGUGCGCUGUAUGAGGAGUUCUGGAUCAGGUACGUUCAGUACUUGGAGCCGCAGAGCGUGGACGAGGCCCGAGCCGUUUACAGACGAGCCUGCGAGAUUCACCUGGCUUACAAACCCAACAUCCACAUGCAGUGGGCCACGUUCGAGGAAAGGCACGGUGACCUAACGGAGGCUCGGCGAGUGCUGGAGGCCCUGGAGAAGAUCGUGCCGGGUUUGGUGGUCGUGCGUCUCCGCAGGGCCGCUCUGGAGAGGCGAGCGGGCCAGCUGGAGCAGUCGGAGGCCCUGCUGAGGGAGGCGGUGGCCGAGUCCAAAGAGAAACCCACGUUACACGCUUUCUACUCCAUCAAGCUGGCGCGCCUGCUCCUGAAACUGAGCAGGAACCCCAGCAGGGCCCGCAGUGUUUUACAGGAGGCCCUGGAGAUCAGUCCGGAUAACGACAAACUGCACUUGAACCUUUUGGAGCUGGAGGUGUCGGGGGACCCCUGGGCCUCGGCUGAGGCGGUGCAGGAGUGUGUGACGCGAGCCCUGGCAGCGCCGCUCGCCCCUCACACCAAGAUCCUCCUCUCACAGCGAGGCCUGCAGUUCACAGAGGACUACAGCGACUCCAUCCAGAGUGUGCUGUCUGUCUAUGAGGGACACCAGAAGCUGCUGAAGGAGCUGGGAGGAACAAAGAGGGGAGCAGAGAACGGGGAUGAGGAUUCAGAGAAGCUGAGCAAAAGUGAAGACGGCUCGGCUGUCGCUGCGUCCGCGCAAGUCCCCCCCACGAUGCCGCACGUCCCCAUCACCACGCCGCCGCCCCCCAUGAUGGGCGCCGACAUGAGCACACAGGCCGGCUAUGGAGCGUACAGCAGCUGGUACCAGCAACCGCAAUACGGCAGCUACGGCUACCAGAACACCUGGAACUACAACCAGGGCUACUAUCCACCCAGCUAAAGAGAGCGAGAGUGGCACCAAAAGGCCGCGAGAAGCGGCCGAACAAGAAACUGCCCCCUGCAGGUCCACCUGCUCAAAUAUAUCCCAGCAUCCCCCUUUUCCUCUCCGUCCUCCCUCUUGAGUUACCUCACUGUCCUGGAUCAGUGUAAAUGAGGCGUUGGGCUCAUCAAACACGUCCUGGCGUUUCAGUGUUGAUUCUGAGGGGCAGGGGGAAAGACGAUGAAGCGUUGACAUUUUAAUCAGAACUAUUUUUGUAUUUGUUGGCAAGCCGACCCCCUUUUCGCUCAUGUUUUGAUGUCAUCCAGUUUGUCCAGCUUUACAGGUGAUGUAUAAUUGACAUUUUAUACCAUUCCACUGAGUAGGCUAUGUUGUUUUUUUCUAAUGUAUAUAAAGGUGUUUUAUAGUGUGUUACAGA